CCGGCCAAUCCCGGUUGCAUUACAAGGAUUACAAGUCGUGAAAUAAAGCCUGUGGCUGCUCCAUCAGGGAAUGUGAGUGGCACCGAGGAAGUACGCCUGUUGGAUUAGCUCACUUGCACCCGAGCGAUAUCCAUCCUCCCAAUAAAUGAUAAUACCAAAGACUCCGCAGGGCGUCCUGAAAGCUCCCUUUCCGACAGCUUGCCUCCAACGCGCGUGAACACAAGGACCAACAAUGGCUGCGCCCAAGUAGGCACGACCUCCGACCCCAGAUUCCUGCCCGUACGCGAGCUUGGCAAGCGUGUGAUCGCUUUCCCUUUCCAGCCGGCGCACCGAGGCCAACACGCAGUCGCGCAUCAGUCACAUGAAGUGCGGGACAUCGCGUUGAUAGCGAUAACAAGCGUCUCGAUCCCCGUCUCUCCUCUCCAACGUCCAUGCGACAGAGACGCUGCGCGAGUCGUGAAUCAGAAUGGACGACACUGCGCACAGGAACAGCGACGGAAGCAAAGAUGGGAUGUCGUACCGCGAGCGGAUCGCGGAGAUGGAGCCGGCGCGCAACGGGGAAUCGAGCUCAACGCAAAGAGGGGGAGAUGUAGGAGACGAGAGCGAGCCAGCGACACAUGCGGGCGGUAGGAGGUGGUGGAAGCGUGGCCAGAGAGGGACCUACAGCCAUACGCAUUUCAAAGUGUACAAGAGAAGGUGGUUUGGGCUGGCGCAGCUGGUGCUGUUAAAUAUUGUGGUUUCUUGGGAUUGGUUAACCUUUGCGCCGGUGUCCACCAAGGCUGCAGAAUAUUUCAGAGUCAACGAAAGUUCUAUCAAUUGGUUGAGCACGGCGUUCCUCUUCAGUUUCGUGGCUAUCAGCCCGUGUACGAUAUGGACACUCAAUCGCAGCCCGAAGCAAAGCAUUAUUGUCGCGAGCGUCCUUCUGCUGGCAGGGAACUGGAUCCGCUAUGCAGGUACCAAGGCUGACCGUGGCAUCUUUGGGCUCGUUAUGUUUGGCCAGAUUUUGACUGGACUGGCGCAACCGUUCGUGCUUGCGGCGCCUACCCGCUACUCCGACCUAUGGUUCACCGAGUCUGGACGUGUUAGCGCUACAGCCGUAGCCUCGUUGGCGAACCCCUUUGGCGGUGCUCUCGCCCAACUGAUCAAUCCAUCUCUUGGCUCCAUACCUAACAUCGUCCUUUACGUGUCCAUCAUCGCGACGGUAGCCGCCAUACCCUCGCUGUUCAUCCCAGCCAAGCCUCCCACCCCGCCCUCGGCCUCGUCAGAAGUGCCAAAAGUAGCCCUCAUCCCGUCGCUGAAGGCAUGCUUGCGCUCCCCGCCCUUCUACGUCGUCUUCGUCACCUUCUCAGUCUACGUUGGGUCCUUCAACUCCUUCUCCUCGCUCCUCAACCAGAUCCUCUACCCCUACGCCUACUCAGAAGAUGAGGCUGGCAUCUGCGGCGCCAUCCUGAUCGUCGUGGGACUCGUAACUGCAGCCAUCACAUCGCCCAUCUUCGACCGUACGCAUGCGUACUUGACGGGUAUUAAAAUCUUGAGUACCUUGAUCGCGAUUGGAUAUCUGGCUCUGAUUUGGGCACCUCAGACAAGAGGGCUAGCUGCGCCAUACGUCCUUGCUGCGAUCGAAGGUGCGGCCUCUUUCUCCCUCCUACCUAUUGCUCUCGAAUAUCUCGUCGAGAUUACAUUCCCUGCUUCGCCUGAAGUCAGCUCUACCAUCUGCUGGGCGGGUGGACAACUAUUUGGAGGCAUCUUCAUUGUCAUCAUGAAUGCGUUGAAGGAUCAGCGACCUGUAGAUCUCGCGGAGGUCAGGGAGAUGGGCAGAGGCGCCGGGGGCGAUACGAGGCCGCCGGGCAAUAUGUUCAGGGCGCUUGUCUUCCAAGGAGCCCUUGCUUUGGCGGUGCUGCCGUUGCCAUUGAUGCUGGGCGUCAAACGGCUGGGGUUGGCGCAUGGAGAGGGGAGACUGAGGGUAGAUGAGCACAGGAAUCCGAGUGUAGUGCAAGGGGAAGAGGGGGCUUGA